CACCGAUUGGUCGAUACAAAAAAAAAUAAAAAAUUGAGAACCUCAUUUCCAACCGUGUUGGGACAGAUAGUCAAUUAUGGAGAAAGUUACGUGUGAUGUCCACGGUAAAGUGGCGUAUGUUUGCUGAAGACAGGGGUGAAAGAUGGACCAAGUCAAGGCAAAAGCUUCUACGUGUGUUUGGACAAGCGUGGCUGUGACUUUGUCAAAGUGGCCAGUAUCUCGGCCUCCCACUGCCUCCUGCACGAGGACUCCAUGGUCGAGCUGCAAGCGUUAUCUUUUCGCCAGCAGCAGCAGCAGUGCAGGUUGUUCUACAGGUGUGUGGAAGGUAGAAAAUCCGGGCAGCAAUGGUGUGGACAUGUACCUUGGACUGUGCCGGAGAACGAAGAGAAUAAGUGUGAAGAAACGGCACAAGCUGCUUCUCUGCCACUUGUGCGAAACCCCUUUAAAGUUCCAGAAAAAGUGGGCCAAGAAUCCAAGUGGACGCAAAUAGAAAGUAAGAGCCAAGACGAAAUGGCAAAGAAAGGUCCAGGUGAUGAAGGGCAAGAUAGGCCAAUCACAGAUGACGACAAAUACAGGGCCAAACAUCUUCCAGUAGGGAUAAAGGUGAAGAAAAAAUCGGUCGAUAAAACAUCUCCUCCAAGCACUUCGAAGCCCAAAAGCGACAUGGCCAUCAAAAGCAACAUGGCUGCCUCCGUAAGUUCCGUAUCGGAGUCAAGUGCCUCCAAAUCUGCGCUCAAAAAGGAAAUGGUGGCCUCUGGAGGUUUGCCCAAAGCAAGUGCUUCCGUGCCUGCGCCGAAAAACAAAACGGUUGCUUCAGGAGGGUCGGACGACGCACGAUGGAGACCCCGUCAAAGCAAGCAGUUCCAAGAUGACGACGAAGAGGACGAAGACGUGGUGCUGGUGUCCGUAAAACCCCCUCAAAAGACCGCCACCGCCAUCCAGAAGCCACUGACCUCCUACUCUGGCUUUCAGCCGGCCUCCAAUGUGAAAGCUCCACCGAGGAACCCCCGGGGGAUGCACAGGAUGCUGUCCACUCAGCUCCAGCAGAAAAAGGCCACCCUGGCAGCGGUGAACGUGGCGGCGCUGCCCGACAAAGGCGAGCGUCUGAGGACUCAGGUUCAAGAGCUGGAGGCGGCGCUGGAGUCUCUCAACCUCAGUCCCGCAGACGAGAGGGCAACCAGCAGCCAGGGUGACAACGCCCCCAACCGCCCGGGCGCCACCUUCCUCAUUCCAGCACUUCCCGCCCAAAGACAGCAACUUCAGCCAAGGCACGGCUUCGCCCAGAUGUCUGAAGAUCACCAGGCCUUCUACGGCGGCCGUAUGACGAACAACCGUCUGCUGGCGGUGAAGAACGCCACAAGCGAGGCCAUUGACCAUCUGCACAGGUCGCUAGAGUCCUGCCCGGCCCCCGACGCCGAGGCUCCGGACCCCAAGGGGCUCAAGGUUUCGCUGCUGGCCCACCAGAGGAGAGCUUUGGCCUGGCUGCUCUGGAGGGAAGCGCAAAAUCCGUGUGGAGGCAUUUUGGCCGACGACAUGGGCUUGGGGAAAACGCUCACCAUGAUCGCUCUCGUAUUGGUGCAGAAGAUCAACGCAAAGGCUAAAGACGGAGAAGACAAGAAAAAGGAGGAGGAGGAGGAGGAGAAGCGUGAGAGCUGGCUGUCAAAAACUGAUUGCCGAGCGGUGCCGUCCAAAAGCACCCUGGUCAUCUGCCCGGCCUCGCUGGUCCACCACUGGAAGAAGGAGAUUGAGCGACACGUAAAGGGGAGCCGGCUCAGCGUGUACUUGUACCACGGGCCCGACCGCAAGAAGAACGCCCGAAUGCUGGCUCAACACGACGUGGUGGUGACCACGUACGCCUUGGUGUCCCGAGAAACGCCCAGCCAGAAGGAGGUGGACAAACCCAACCAGGAGGCCAACAAUGCGGCGGCGGCGGUGCCGAACGGCGGCCCCCUCAUACGUGUGGCGUGGGCGCGGGUGAUCUUAGAUGAGGCGCACAACAUCAAGAACCCCAAGGUGCAGCAGUCCAUGGCCGUGUGCCAGCUGACGGCGGCCGCCCGCUGGGCCAUGACCGGAACGCCCAUCCAGAACAACCUGCUGGACAUGUACUCGCUGCUCAAGUUCCUGCGCUGUUCUCCGUUUGACGAGUUCAAACUGUGGAAGGCGCAGGUGGAUAACGGCUCCAAGCGCGGCAGGGAGCGACUCAACAUCCUGACCAGGACUCUGCUGCUGCGACGCACCAAAGACCAGCGGGAUUCUUCUGGAGAACCCCUGGUGGCGCUUCCUGACCGGACCUGUAAGGUGCAUCAACUGCAACUGUCGGAGGACGAGCAAGCCGUCUACGACGUGGUCUUUGCCCAGUCCAGGUCUACUCUGCAGAACUACUUGAAGAGGCACGAAGGGAGCGACACGAAGGGAAAGCGCGUCUCUGCUUCCAAUCCCUUUAGCAAGGGGUCGCAGGAGUUUGCCUCGUCCCAGACCGACUCGCCUGUGUCCUCGUCCCAACAACCUCCGCAGACGGCCAGCACCGCCCACAUCUUAUCCCUGCUGCUGCGUCUGCGACAGUGCUGCUGCCACCUUUCACUGCUCCAAAAGACUCUGGACGCUUCGGAGCUGCAAGGCGACGAUGUGGUCCUGUCCCUGGAGGAGCAGCUCAACGCUCUGUCCCUCACGUCCACGUCGGAUGCCGGCGAGGACACGGUGGGCCUGAACGGGACGCGUUUCCCUUCACGGCUCUUUGAGGAGCGCAGCAGGAGCACCAAGAUUUCUGCCAUUGUCUCAGAGUUGGAGGCCAUUCGAGCUAAAGGUGACAACCAAAAAAGUGUGAUCGUGUCCCAGUGGACCAGUAUGCUCCAAAUCGUGGCCGUCCAUCUGCAGCAGAUGGGCCUGCGCUACGCCGUCAUCGAUGGAAAAGUCAACCCUAAACGCCGCAUAGACCUGGUGGAGGAAUUCAACAUCAACCCCAAGGGACCUCAGGUGAUGCUGGUGUCUCUCUGUGCCGGAGGAGUCGGCCUCAAUUUGGUGGGCGGGAAUCAUCUCUUCCUUAUGGACAUGCACUGGAACCCAGCCCUAGAGGACCAAGCCUGCGACCGAAUCUACCGCGUGGGACAGAAGAGAGAUGUCACCAUCCACAGGUUUGAGUGCAAGGGCACAGUGGAGCAAAAGAUUGCCACGCUGCAGGCCAAAAAGAAGCAACUGGCCCAGAGCGUGCUGUCCGGAACAGGCAACGCUGUCACCAAGCUUUCCCUCGCAGAUCUCAAGAUUAUAUUUGGCAUUUGAAGUCUGUUGAUUUGCCUGUGAAUGUUCUUAUGUGUGGCAGUUCAGUGUUUUUCAAUAUUAACAGAGCCAAGGUACUUAUGCUUUUCCAAGGAACCCAAUUUGUGUUGAUUAUUAUUUUUUUGGUUGUAAAAAUAUUUUAAAUUCUUACAUACGCUUUUGUGUUUGAGUUGAUACGUUACAAUACUGGGCGAUUUUUCAGUAUCGAAAUAAUGACAUGCCCAAUAUGAUGCCAUCCAUCUUGGUGGGGGCGACAGCCCCCCUUUGGCCCGCCCAUUGUUACGGGUCUGUUUUGCCUUUGAGUCAUUAAAAAGAAAAUGUGUAUUGUUCAA